AAACUUAUAUCCUCUCAUUUUAUCUCCUCAUAGCAACUGAAAAUAGCUAAAAUCAUCUCAAUUUUCCCCAUUUGGAUCGAAGCUAUUUACAAGAAGGUGGUCUUGAAACAUGAAUAAUAACCGAUCUUGGAUGUACGAAAGGACGGAUGAGAGUGGUUUCUUGAAUUCUCUAUUUAUUUCUGGAGUGGAAGAAUUCAUGAAUCAUGUUAUAUCUCAGCCAACGUCUAUGAAUGGUACGAGUAUACAAUGUCCGUGCACAAAGUGUAAGAAUCGAAAAUUUUGGAAUUCAGAUAUCGUGAAGCUACAUUUGUUGAAGAAUGGAUUUGUGAGAGAUUAUUAUAUAUGGAGUCGACACGGAGAGUCAUACAUUUUUAAUGGGAACGAAGACCAAUCUUCAGCAAACUAUUCAAAUGUUGCACGUGGCACAGAUGGGAACAAUUUAAUGUACAAUAUGGUGAUUGAUGCAGGCGGCCCUAGUUUUGAUCCACAUCGUUCAGAAGAGAUGCCGAACGCAGAAGCACAAAAUAUAUACAACAUGCUAAAUUCUUCGGAACGAGAGCUAUAUGAUGGUUGUGAAACAUCACAGUUGGCUGCCAUGGCUCAAAUGUUGAGUCUGAAAUCUGAUCAUCACUGGUCGGAAGCAUGCUAUGAUCAGACAUCACAAUUUAUCAAAGGCAUCUUGCCUAAAGAUAAUACAUUUCUCGAUAGUUUCUAUGGAACAAAGAAACAUAUGGAAGGACUGGGCCUACCUUCCAUUCAUAUCGAUUGUUGUGUUAAUGGGUGCAUGAUAUAUUGGAACGAAGACAUUGACAUGGAGUCAUGCAAAUUUUGUUCUAAACCGAGAUAUAAGAUCAGAGUUAACAGAUCUACAAGAGAGAGAAAGAAAGUGGCUGUUCAAAGGAUGAUAUAUUUUCCAUUGGCCCCGAGAUUACAAAGGUUAUAUGCCUCACCGACGACUGCAGCUCAUAUGAGAUGGCAUGCUGAUCAUUACAAAGAAGAUGGUGUAAUGCAUCAUUGUUCAGAUUCAGAGGAGUGGAGGCAAUUUGAUAGAGCACAUCCAUUAUUUUCCUCGGAGGUCAGAAAUGUGAGACUUGGACUUUCUGCUGACGGAUUUCAGCCAUUUGGUAGUUCAGGCAAGCAAUAUUCUUCUUGGCCAAUUAUAGUGACUCCAUAUAAUUUACCUCCCUGGAUGUGUUCAAAAGAAGAGUACAUGUUUCUAUCCAUACUUGUGCCUGGCCCGAGGAAUCCAAAGCAGAAGAUAGAUGUUUUUCUUCAACCAUUGAUUUCCGAGUUAAAAAUGUUAUGGGAGGUUGGUGUUGAGACAUGGGAUACUUCCUUAAAGCAGAAUUUUCAAAUGCGAGCUGCUUUGAUGUGGACUAUAAGUGAUUUUCCUGCUUAUUCAAUGUUAUCAGGAUGGAAAACUGCUGGUCAUUUAGCGUGUCCUCAUUGUGCUCAUGAACAUGAUGCUUAUAAUCUCAAACAUGGAGGAAAGCCAACAUGGUUUGAUAAUCAUCGGAAGUUUUUGCCUGCGAAUCAUCCAUUUCGAAAGAAUAAAAACUGGUUUACCAAGGGGAAGGUCGUGUCUGAAUUUCCUCCACCUAUUCGGACAGGUGAAGAUGUCUUACAAGAAAUUGAGUCACUUGGUUUGAUGAAAAUUACUGAAUUGGGAAGUGAAGAGCAUAAUGCCAAAAUCAUCAAAACUUAUAAUUAUGGAUGGAAAAAACGAAGUAUCUUUUGGGAUUUGCCAUAUUGGAGGACAUUAUCAAUUAGACAUAACCUUGAUGUUAUGCACAUUGAGAAAAAUGUGUUUGAAAAUAUUUUCAACACUAUUAUGGCCAUCGAAGGUAAAACCAAAGAUAAUGCUAAAGCAAGAGCUGAUAUUGCACUUCUUUGUCGGAGGCCUGAGUUAGCAAUUGAUGAGUCGACACGAAAAUAUCCAAAAGCUUGUUACAGCUUAGAUAAAAAGGGUAAAGAAGCAGUGUGUAAGUGGUUACAAGAUCUUAAAUUUCCGGAUGGAUAUGUGUCGAAUAUGGGGCGUUGCAUCGACAUGAAAAAAUACAAGUUAUUUGGGAUGAAAAGUCACGAUUGUCAUGUGUUUAUGCAAAGACUUAUGCCAAUUGCUUUUCGAGAAUUUCUUCCUAAUAAUGUUUGGGAGGCUGUAACAGAGUUGAGCCUUUUUUUCAAAGAUCUAACUUCAGCCACUUUGAAGGUUAGCGAUAUGUGCAGACUUGAAGAACAGAUUCCAGUGAUACUUUGCAAAUUGGAACGCAUAUUUCCACCAGCUUUAUUUGACUCAAUGGAACAUCUUUUGGUGCAUUUACCAUACGAGGCACGUAUAGCAGGUCCUGUACAGUAUCGUUGGAUGUACCCCUUUGAACGGUUCUUACGUCACUUAAAGAAUAACAUAAAAAAUAAAGCUCGGGUAGAAGGUUCCAUGUGUAACGCUUACUUAGUGGAAGAAGCUUCAACAUUUUGUUCACAUUAUUUCGAACAACAUGUUCAAACAAAACAUAGAAAAGUUCCUCGAAACGAUUCUAGUGGAGGUGGAGAGAGCUUCGAGGGGAAUUUUUCUAUAUUUUCUCAUCCUGGACGGGCAUCUGGCUGCGCUAAUGUUCGUUAUCUUGAUGAUCGGGAGUACAUGGCAGCCCACAAUUAUGUCUUGUUAAAUUGCCCAGAGGUUGCGCCAUAUACCGAGUACGUGUUGUUUUUCCUAAAUCAUAUAAGUAUGUCCAUGUUCAAUAGUUUUUUAUUAAUAUUAUUCUAA